UCCUUCAAGUCUUCCGAAUUCAUUGCAGAGCCUCCCUGGGUCCUCUGACAUCGCUAACUGGUCAGCGACUUCACAUUCAACCAAUAGAAGUCUGUUGCAUACUUCCAAACAACCUUUUUAGAAGAGUUCGGUAAGACUCCCAUUUGAGCAUCAGAAUGGCCCAACACAUCCAAGAAUCCGAUUUCACCAUGGUGGAGGAAGGGUUUGCUGCCAGAGAUUUGAUGGAGGAAAUCAUUAAUGAGGUCUCCCAGACUGAGGACCGAGAUGCAUUCUUUGUCGCAGAUCUGGGAGAUGUAGUGAAGAAACAUAUCCGUUUCCUGAAGGCCCUGCCUCGUGUAAAACCUUUUUACGCUGUCAAAUGCAACAGCAGCAAAGGUGUGGUGCAGACUCUGGCUGAACUGGGUGCUGGAUUUGAUUGCGCCAGCAAGACUGAGAUUGAGCUAGUCCAAAGCAUUGGUGUGACAUCAGAAAAGAUUAUUUAUGCCAAUCCUUGUAAGCAAAUAUCCCAAAUUAAGUAUGCUGCUAAAAACGGUGUCCAGAUGAUGACCUUCGACAAUGAAGUGGAGCUGUCCAAGGUUUCACGUAAUCACCAGAAUGCCAAGAUGGUAUUGCGCAUAGCUACAGAUGACUCCAAGUCUUCAACACGCCUUAGUGUAAAGUUUGGUGCUCCCCUAAAGUCAUGUAGACGCCUUCUUGAAAUGGCCAAGAACCUCAAUGUUGAUGUUAUUGGUGUCAGCUUUCACGUGGGCAGUGGAUGCUGUGAUUCCAAGGCAUAUGUGCAGUCUAUUUCAGAUGCUAGACUAGUCUUUGAAAUGGCAUCUGAAUUUGGAUACAAACUGUGGCUGUUGGACAUUGGUGGUGGAUUUCCAGGGACUGAUGAUGUUAAAGUUCGCUUCGAAGAGAUUGCAGCUGUGAUAAAUCCAGCACUGGACUUGUACUUCCCAGAAGGUUCUGGCGUAGAGAUAAUCGCUGAGCCAGGACGAUAUUAUGUAGCAUCUGCUUUCUCAUUGGCUGUAAACAUCAUCGCCAAGAAGGAGGUGCAGUUGGACAACUGUGGAUCAGAUGAUGAAGAAAUCGGUCCCAACAAAAACAUCAUGUACUAUGCUAAUGAUGGUGUUUAUGGUUCCUUCAACUGCAUCUUUUUUGACCAUGCCCAUCCUAAACCCAUUCUUCAAAAGAAACCUUCCCCGGACCAGCCAGUGUACACAAGUAGUUUAUGGGGACCAACAUGUGAUGGUAUGGAUAAAAUCGCUGAGUGUCUUCAGCUGCCUGAGCUAGACGUUGGUGAUUGGCUGCUAUUUGAAAACAUGGGGGCCUACACAGUGGCAUCUUCAUCCACAUUCAAUGGUUUUCAAAAAACCGAUAUCCAUUACGCCAUGCCUCGUGCUUCCUGGGAGGCAGUUCAGCUACUGAAGCAAGGAUUAUAUAAAAUUGAGGAGAAGGAAAAAGUCUGCACUCCGAUGUCCUGUGGCUGGGAGAUCUCGGACUCUCUCUGCUUUACUCCAGCUUUUGCACAACCAAGUAUCAUCUAAGCUGCUACAUUCCAACCACCAAGUGCUUUAAAGCUGUCUUCUGUUUUUAAAUGUCCAGCGUGUGGGUCCAAAGUUGAGCCUUUCUGAUUUUAAAUGUGCAACAUAAAUCAUGUUCUCAAGUUACCAUGUGCUGCUUUUAAUUUAUAAUAAAUAUUUAAUUUUG